CUGCUCUCUAACGCGGGAACCGUUCGUCUCUCUUGCGCACCCAUCGCGUUCUCUCUCUGGCGCACGCAUAGCAUUCAUCUCUCUAGGGCACAUCUCCUUCGGCCUACAUCAGUCUGCUUCAGUCCUUCAGCAUUCAUCUCUCUGGCGCCAGGUCGGUAAACCUAAUCUAUCGUCCGUAUCAUCUUAGUUCCCCUUAUUUGGUUUAGAUUUUGAAAUUUCAAUUUAAUUUCUAUUUUAGUUCCCCUUAUUUGGUUUAGAUUUUGAAUUUUCAAGAAUUUAGGUUAACAUCCGAUUGACUAUGCUUAAUUGAAGUUGGUAUUAGCAAAUUAAAACUAAGAAUUUGGGGUUUACUUCUUAUUAAGUACCCUGUAUUUAUUUAAUUCUGCUUUACUUGUAAUUGAUUAAGCUUAAUUUUCUGGCUUGUUUUAAAUGAUUAAGCAGAAUCAAAGAUGAAUUUUGUGGUUUAAUUCUGAUUGACUAACCAGAGAUUUUGUAAAAUUUUGGGCCUAAAAAUCUCUACAUCCUUAUUGUAUUGCAAGAUGUAUACUCCUAAUUGAUGUAAAUACUCAAUAAAAUGAAUAGGCAUUGUUUUUUGAUCUCUUGUUCUUUGAUCUGUUUUUUUGGAAUGAGGAUAGUUAAUUCAUAGAUGAAUAGGCAGAUUCUUGCUUCCACUUACUUAGUAUUCUUGAUGAUUACUGUAUCACCCACACCAUUGUCGAGUUGUAGCUCAUUACAAAGCCCGAGAAGGUAGCUCAUUACAAAGCACGAUGGGGCCAGGGUUACGAACCUUGUACAAAGCUUGGAAACUAAAAUCCCACAUAGAACGACUAUAUGGGGCAUCAUUUAGCUCUACAAUAAUGACUGGAUUUCCUUUGGUGUUUUCGGCAGUGACAAAUGACCAGUUCAUAUUCCUUGCAAAUCCAUGCUGUAUAAGUGGUACACUCAGAGUUUGAAACUAUUGCAUUAUUAAUAGAAAAAUAUAAUGUCAAUUGAUUUUUACCUGCUGAAUCUGGCCAGGUGUAAACUGUGGAAAACAGUGUGGUAUUCCUCCACUUUGCCAAUGGAAAACUGUUAGAAAAUUACUUAGGUCCCUAUUAUUUUAAUUCUAAGUAUGUGCUUAGUGAUCAUAUCAUCAUUUAUUUUUUAAUGAUAUGAACUUUUGAUUUAGUUUUAUGCUUGUAUAAUGUAUAUUACAUGAUAUGCCUUGAAGCUAACGGUUUAUGCCGCACAGAUCUAAUUUGAGGAAUUAAUGUUUCGUUCAAAGCGUACCUUUGAAGAGUAUCAACACUUGCUUGAAAACGAAGGCGGAGCUCCAAACGACUUUACUAUGCAUGAUAUAGAUGAAACUUAUAGUGAAGAGGAUAAUCACUACGAUAAUGAUUAUGGAGAUGAUGAUGACUCGGAUGGCGUGUUCAAAAUUUUUGUUUAUCUUUUUAUUCUUUUAGAAGAUCUUAUAUGUGUCUUUGUGUGUGUUUAAUAUUUGCAGGCUACUGGUUUGUGCAAGAAUAGGGCAGAACCAAAUCUGUUAAAUACAGUACUACGCGAAAAGCUAGACAAAUCUAUACUUGGGCCGAACAAAGAUAAUAACACAAGAAAAGAUGGUAAAGCUUUUUUAUAAACUGAAGUCAGGCUUGUGCAUAAGAGAGCAGAAGAUUAAUUUAUUUUGGCAUGAGUGGUCCUUGUGAAGAUAACCAUUCUUUAUUAUGUGAGAAUAUAUAUGGUGAAGAUCAACGGUGGUUGGAGAACAUAUCAUAGAAUACUGAAUAUAUAUUGCAUUCCUUUUUAAUUUUGAACUCAUAUGUUUUGACUCU